UCUUUUCCAGCUUGUAAUUUCCCCUAUUUAUAUCACAGCUUUUUAGUUGUUAAUUUCUCUCUCUCUAUCUCUGUGAUUGUGAAGUAAACCGCCAUUUUCCGGCCAAGUUCUUGGUCGUUUGCAAUGGCGAUCUUUGAAUUCCGAUUUUGGAACUGCAAGGUUAAGAUGGUUUUGAUGAUGAAUUGUAGUGAAGCAUCCUAGGAGGAGCGCCUUGUUCUUCUUCUUCUUCAGUAAAUGGGCUGUUUUCAGUCGACAGGAAGGAGACAAUUCCCGGGAUAUGAGGACCCCGUUGUCCUCGCUUCGCAGACCGCAUUUAGUGUUAGCGAAGUUGAAGCCUUGUUUGAGCUAUACAAGAGCAUCAGCAGUUCUGUCAUUGAUGAUGGAUUGAUAAACAAGGAAGAAUUUCAGCUAGCUCUUUUCAAAAACAGGAAGAAAGAAAACCUUUUCGCAAAUCGGAUCUUUGAUAUGUUUGAUGUUAAGCGGAAGGGAUACAUUGAUUUUGGCGACUUUGUUAGGUCACUUAAUUUCUUCCAUCCGAAUGCUCCACAGGAAGACAAAAUUGACUUUUCAUUUAAGCUCUACGACUUGGAUAAUACAGGCUUUAUUGAGCGCCAAGAGGUCAAGCAGAUGUUGAUUGCACUUCUUUGUGAAUCCGAAAUGAAGCUGGCUGAUGAGACCAUUGAAAUAAUACUUGAUAAAACUUUCAUGGAAGCUGAUGUCAACCAAGAUGGGAAAAUAGAUAAAACUGAAUGGCAAAACUUCGUUUCGAAGAAUCCGUCGUUAUUAAAGAUCAUGACCCUUCCAUAUUUGAGGGAUAUUACAACAACAUUUCCGAGUUUUGUGUUUAAUUCGGAGGUCGAUGAGAUUGCAACAUAAGGGACUGUUAAUAGUUUAGGAAGAUUUAUGCAGUUAGGGUGGGAAAUUUUUUUUUUCUUUGCGUGUAUUUGUAUCAUGAAACCAAGCAGCUGAGAAAUGAAAAAGGAAAGAAAGAGGGAUGAAUGUGUAUUGAUACAAGUGAAGCUGUCUACAUUGGUUUGUUGGAAGGUUGUGACUGGGGGUUUAUAUUAGCUGCUCUCAGUCAAAUUGUAAAGCACCUUCUAUUUUUUUUUAUUUUUCUAGUCAGUUUUUCACUGUACUACCAAUGCUUUGCUCCCUGGGAAAUUAAAGUUU